UGUGGAGCAAAGAGGAAGAGAGCUUUUCCUGCUCCACUGGACCAACCGGAACCGACACCUCGGCCAUUGAGGAGGACAAGUUGAAGACGUCGGUAGCUGAAGGCGGCUGGACCGAAAGAAGACAAGCUGUUGUUUGGUCGGCGGCCGGUUUCAUGCUCCGGCUCAGCGGACACCUUUGAUUCCGUCGGCGUGUGAGCGGCGUCGAGGCCGCGGACAAUGCCGUCGAUUUCACGGAGGGUUCUCCCUGCAUUUGUGUGUCUCCUCAUCCCUCCCAUGGUGGCUGCUGAGGAGUUGUCACUACUGGACGGCUGGCAUGAUGUUUGGCUCCUCCGCUUCCUUGUCAACAUCCUGGGAUACUCCACCAUCAUCAUCCCGGGAUACUUCCUCAUCAGCUACUUCAAGCGGACCAAUUACUUAGAAAAAGGUAACGGGAUCUGUUUCCCGCUCAUCAAGACCUGCGUGUUCGGCAGUGAGGCCAAAGCGGGUCUGCUGGCCGAGGUCACCGUGGCACCGAGGAUCGAGGGGGAUUCCGGCUCGUCGCUCAAACAGGCCGUCAAGUUAAUCUUCUGUGCCGCCGGACUUCAGGCGUCGUACCUGACGUGGGGCGUCCUGCAAGAGCGGGUGAUGACGGGCUCCUACGGGGCCACGACUCCCGAGGACGAGGGCGAGAAGUUCAAGGACUCCCAGUUCCUGGUCUUCAUGAACCGCAUCCUGGCCCUGACCGUGUCGGGCCUGUGGUGCGUCCUGUUCAAGCAGCCCCGCCACGGCGCGCCCAUGUACAAGUACUCCUUCGCCUCGCUCUCCAACAUCAUGAGCAGCUGGUGUCAGUACGAGGCCCUCAAGUACAUCAGCUUCCCCACCCAGGUGCUGGCCAAGGCCUCCAAGGUCAUCCCCGUCAUGCUCAUGGGCAAGAUGGUCUCCCACAAGAGCUACGAGUACUGGGAGUACUUCACCGCCGUGCUCAUCUCGCUGGGCGUCAGCAUGUUCCUGUUGUCCAGCACGCCCAGCAAGCACCUGUCCACCGUCACCACCUUCAGCGGCGUGGUCAUCCUGGUGGGCUACAUCGUCUUCGACAGCUUCACCUCCAACUGGCAGGACAACCUGUUCAAGCACAAGAUGUCGUCGGUGCAGAUGAUGUUCGGCGUGAACCUGUUCUCCUGCCUCUUCACCGUGGGCUCGCUGCUCGAGCAGGGCGCCUUCUUCGACUCGCUGGCCUUCAUGACGCGCCACUCCGAGUUCGCCUUCCACGCCGUGCUGCUGUCCGUGUGCUCGGCGUGCGGCCAGCUCUUCAUCUUCUACACCAUCAGCCAGUUUGGCGCGGCGGUCUUCACCAUCAUCAUGACCCUGCGCCAGGCCAUCGCCAUCCUGCUGUCCUGCUUCCUGUACGGCCACGCCGUCACCGUGGUGGGGGGGUUUGGCGUCGCCGUGGUCUUCUUGGCGCUUUUCCUGCGGGUGUACGCCCGCAGCCGCAUGAAGGCCGGGCGGCGGGCGGCGCUGCCGCUGGCGCAGAAGGUGUAGCGCGGCGCGGCGGACUGAGCCACGGCGGCCGUGGUGCUUUUUGUCUUACUGCUUUUUUUAACUCUUCUUUUCCAUGUUUGUGUCUUCGUCUGGUACAGGAAGGGAUUUUGACGUUUUUGACACUUACACCAAAAGGCCCCCCGGGGUCCACGUGAUCUGUCGCGUCCGCGGUCACAGAAGCUUUGAGUGCCUGUAAGAUUGUCUUCUACACGAAUCCCAAACCACAAACUGUGUAAACUGCCUCUUCACCACGUUCAUACUUCAACGCUAGAAUAUUUCCCCCCAAAACCGCCGCACGAGGCUUCCAGCCACACAACGAGCGCCUGAACCACGUUGCCCUUCUCAGGCCCGCGUGUCGGGUUCGGGGAGCGGCGGGCGUCUGCUUGUCAAACCGAAGCACCAUGUUUGACCGACGUGGGCAGCGGAUCCUCGUUCAUUCCAAAUCUAAAACACAGGACUUUUCUUUCUGGAGUAGUGAACGGGACUUUGACCUUCAGUAGCGUUGUUCUCCUUUCUCGGUCCUCCAUGUUGGAGAACGCGGGUCUUUUUAUUGUGUUAAGCUGUAAACCGUCGAGGAGGAGGCAGUUGUUACAAAGAGCACUUUGUAUGAACCAUUUGAACCAAAACACCAGUGAAACACGCUGAUGUGGGUUCGUUUUGCACGACAUCGUUUAGAGGAAAACACUUUCCUUUCCUUUGGUUGUCCUUUUCAACACAGAUUCUACUUAAUAUUUUAACUAUGGGCUAAAAAGUCUUGUAAAUAUCUGUCUUUGUUUCUUUCGACUUGUCUCAUGUACUUUUGUAAAAGAAAACGCUCCGUUAAUUUUCACCGUCACAUGUGAAUGUUUGAAGAACACGGAUGCUGAUCGCAAGGGACGUUCAACCCUACUGGUACCUUGUUUUUAUCAUUCUCAUGUUUCCUCUGGUAACUGGAUUGAUAAUAAAGCAUUUUAAAUUAACUCGA